AUGAAGCAAAUUGAUCUUUUCAAAAAUUACAUUCAAAGGCUUCAAGGGAUUGUGGGUGUGGACCAAAGCAGAAGGAUUAUUGAUAAUGCUUUGGUUGUUAUCAGUGCAGGAACUAAUGAAAUUUACCACCUUGGAUGCCGUUAUACAGUCGUCGCUGGCCUCCCUCCGGUUGGUUGUCUUCCCAUUCAAGAGACUAUAUCAUUUCGAAAUCCCCUCCACCGAGUACGUUUCGAGGAUAAAAAUUCAGAUUCCAAAGACUACAACCAAAAACUUUCAAAGCUACUCAGCAAUUUACAAUCACAACUACAUAGAAGCACGAUUUUGUAUGCUGGCAUUUAUACCCCUCUCAUUGAUAUGGUCAUUAAUCCUAAAAAAUAUGGUUUUGAGCAUAUAGAGAAGGGUUGUUGUGGAAUUGGAUUAGUAGAAGCGGGGCCUCUAUGUAAUGUAAUUAUCCCAACGUGUAAAGAUCCAUCAAAAUUUAUGUUCUGGGAUAGCAUUCAUCCGACUGAAGCAGCCUAUAAGUUUGUCACUACAUCGCUUCUCAAACAAUUUUUGAAUCAUCUAAAUUUAAACGGAUGGUAUUUUAGCUAG